UAUGCAAUUAAGCUACAAGAUGUAAUUGCAGCUAGCAUCCUGUAUUAAAAGGGUUGAGCAUGAGCACUCCCAUCAUCACCAAAAUCCACUGAUCAUUCUUCUCUCUCUUCCGUUGUUUCUCUCUUGAUUUUAAAAGAAUGGGGGCAUUAACUUGGCUAUUUCCAUUCCUUCUCUAUUUCUUGGAAUAUCAAGUUGCUGCUUCUUCAUCGUCACCUCUUUCUUCUUUUGCUUCUUCUGCACACCCUUUGUGUCGUCAUGACCAGAGGUCUGCACUGCUUCAAUUUAAGCAUUUGUUUGACAUAAACAGCAAUGCUUCUUCGCGUUGCGAUCGGGCCGGUAUUCCUUCAUAUCCAAAGACCCUGUCUUGGGAUGAGAAUGCAACUGAUUGUUGCAAUUGGGACGGGGUCACGUGCGAUGAGUUGACUGGUCACGUGGUUGGGCUUGAUCUCAGUUGUAGCCAGCUCUAUGGUACAAUCCAACCCAAUAGCAGCCUUUUCCAGCUUUCUCACCUCCAACGGCUCAAUCUGGCUCACAAUGACUUCAACUACUCGCGCAUUUCAUAUGCAUUUGGCAGCUUUGCAAGUUUGACGCACCUCAACCUAUCCAAGUCUGGUUUUUUAGGUUCAAUCUCAUCUGAACUCUCCCUCCUGUCCAAAUUGAUUUCACUUGAUCUGUCUUCUAUUCGACUAAGACUUAAUCCACAACUAAGAGUUAUAGGGCGACUAAGAUUUAAGUCGCUACUAAGACUUGAGCCGCGCGCGCGACUAAGACUUGAUCCGCUCCAUUUCAAAAUUCUCUUGAAAAACGUGACCCGAUUACAAGAACUUGUCCUUCAUGGGGUAAAUAUAUCUUUUGGUUCACCCGAUUCCUUGUUGAAUUUGACUUCUUUAACAGCUCUAGACCUGUCAUCGACCGAAUUGUCAGGGAAUUUACCAGAUGGUGUUUUCCACUUUCCAAACUUGCAGAAACUUGUUUUAUGUGACAACUUGAAUCUUGAUAUCAACUUACCAAAAUCAACUUGGGGUAGUGGUGGUUCUCUAUGGGUGUUGGAUCUUUCUGAAACCAAAUUGUUUGGAGAAUUACCUGAUUCAAUUGGCCAUCUCAAGUCUUUGAAAUCCUUGGAUCUCUCGUGGACGAGUUUAUCUGGAGAACUACCUGAUUCAAUUGGCUAUCUCAAGUCUUUGAAAUCCUUGGAUCUCUCGUCGACGAGUUUAUCUGGAGAACUACCAGAUUCAAUUGGCUAUCUCAAUUCUUUGAAAUCCUUGUAUCUCUCCAGGACAAGUUUAUCUGGAAAACUACCUGAUUCAAUUGGUUUUCUCAAGUCUUUGAAUUACUUGAUUCUCUCCCGGUGCAAAUUAUGGGGUUCCAUUCCUAAAUCUCUUGGGAACCUUACGCAGAUCCGUGAACUAGACUUAACGGGAAAUGAUUUUACUGGUGAAGUCCCAUCUACUAUCUCAAAUCUCAAGCAACUCACUCAUUUAAUACUUGACUCCAACGACCUUGGAGGCAGAAUUCUUGCUUUUCUUGAGUUCCCAAUGCUGGAGAAGUUACAUAUAGGGGAUAACAAUUUCACGGGUCCCAUUCCCUUCAAUUUAAGUGGUCUUCAAAACCUAAGGGAACUCUACUUAAAUAAGAACUCUCUCAGUGGGGUAAUACCUCCAUCCUUGUUUACUCUUAUGUCAUUGGAACAUUUAGACUUGAGUUCCAAUCAUUUAACUGGUCAAAUUCCUGAGUUCCAGCAUCGUUUACCAUUGGACACCAUUGACUUGAGUGACAAUAAACUUCGUGGCCCCAUUCCACAGUCAAUUUCCACUCUUGUAAAUCUGGCCGAGCUUUAUCUUGCAUCAAAUGAUCUGAGUGCGGUCGCCAGAAGCAAUGGCAACAAUACCCUUCCUAACCUUAGGAAUUUCCGUAUGUCAUCUUGCAACAUCGAGGUGUUCCCUUAUUUCUUAAGAGCCUCAGAGAAUCUUGUAGAGCUAGAUCUUUCUCAAAACAGAAUUCAUGGACAGAUUCCAAAUUGGGUUGGGUUCAUCGGAAAGGCUUCAUUGCUGUAUUUGAAUCUUUCACACAACUUUCUAACAGGCAUAAACAAACUUCCUUGGGAACACCUAAAUACUCUUGAUCUUCGUUCCAAUUUGCUUCAAGGACCACUUCUCAUUCCACCCCCCUCUAUACUGUACUUUUUGAUGUCAAACAAUAGUCUUUAUGGAGAGAUUUCUUCAUCGGUUUGCAAUGCGAGUUCCCUUCAAAUGCUUGAUUUGUCUCAUAAUAAAUUGAGCGGUGAGGUUCCACAAUGUUUGGGUAAUUCUAGUAGUUUUCUCGAGGUGUUAAGUCUGCGCUCCAAUGGAUUUAAGGGAACCCUUCCCUUGACAUUUGAAAAGCCCAGCCAGUUACGAAGUCUUGAUUUGAGUGAAAAUCAUUUUGAAGGACCACUUCCAAGAUCUUUGGUAAAUUGUAGAAGCUUGGAAGUUCUAAACGUCGGAAACAACAAGGUUAAUGAUACAUUUCCAAAUUGGUUGGGGAUUCUUCCUGAGUUACAGGUUCUUGUCGUACGAUCCAACCAAUUUCAUGGUCCAAUAAACACUAUAAUGAGUGAAUUUUCCUUUCCUAAGCUUCGAAUUGUUGACCUCUCCUAUAAUGAGUUCACUGGCCAUUUGCCAACGAGGUACUUCGAAAAUUUCCAAGCUAUGAAGAACAAAACUAUGCCGGACAAACAAUACAUGAGUGGGGAGAGUAGUUAUUAUCAUGAUUCUAUCGAAGUGACAAUAAAGGGGCUUGAGAUCGAAUUGGUGAGAAUUUUGACUAUCUUCACAACAAUCGACUUUUCAUCCAACAAUUUUAGUGGAGAAAUUCCAAAUGUAGUUGGAAAGCUCUAUUCCCUCAAAGUGCUUAAUUUUUCUCAUAACAGUCUUACAGGCUAUAUUCCUGAAGCUUUGGGAGACUUGACGAGCCUUGAAUCGUUAGACAUCUCUUCUAACCACCUCACCGGCAGAAUUCCAAGCCAAUUAACAAGUUUGACAUUUCUUGCAGUCUUGAACCUUUCGUUCAACCAUCUCCAUGGACCCAUACCCUAUGGUCGACAAUUUAAUACAUUUGAGAAUGGUUCAUAUGCUGGGAACUUAGGAUUAUGUGGGUUUCCAUUGUCGAAGGGAUGUGGAGAUAAUCAAACACAAGUACAGCCACCGGUGUUCCAACAUGAGGAAGAUGAUUCAGGUUUGGAUGGAUUUACUUGGAAAAUUGUGGUGAUAGGGUAUGGGUGUGGAAUGACACUGGGACUCUUUCUAGGAUCUCUCAUGUUCUUAAUUGGUAGACCUAGAUUCUUUGUCAAACUUGCUGAAAGAAAGUUGCCUAAGAAGGUGAUAAGAUUGAGGAGAACGGUUGCAGACAUAGUGGUUAGAAGAAACUAGCAAACAUUGAUCGCAUUGUCAGGUACAAGCUAGGAAGGAAGCUUUGUUGCUACAUGACAUAUCAUUGGAAUAUAGGAUGGGAAGAUAUAUGGGCAAGAAAAUGAUGAGUUUGGGUUGCAUUUCAUGUUAUUGUUGGAGAACUUCUUGUAGUAGAGUGGGUGUUUGUGUAGCUAGCUAGUGGUUAUUCGUGAUUUUGCUUCGAUUGUGGUGUACCCUUCUGGUCUGAUGUUGUUUGUGGUUUUUUUUUUUUGCUUCGUUUUCAUCUAGUAAUGAUUUGGUUUCAAACAUUUUCUCUAGGUUGUAUUUGUUGAGUGUGUGGAUAUUGUGAAAUAUGUGAAAGUGCAUUUGAAAUGAAUGAAAAUGUCUACCUUAAAGCGUGUUGAGACUUUAGAAA